UUUUCCUGUCUUUCCAAUCCAACUCUCACCAAUAUCGCUAUCAUGGCUACCAGCUACACACUUUACAACUAUACGCCAUCAGUAGCGGCGGCCGUCGUCUACAUAAUUCUUUUCCUCAUUGCCACUGGUGGGCAUAUAUUCCUUGCAGCGAAGCACAAGCUCAAGUUCUUGAUUGCUUUCAUUGUCGGUGGUUUCUUCGAAGCCAUCGGUUACAUAGCACGUGCGAUCAGUGCAAACCAAAAUCCAGAUUAUACGAUUCUUCCUUACGCGUUACAAUGUCUUUUCAUUCUCGUUGCGCCUUCCUUAUUCGCGGCAUCGAUCUACAUGAUACUUGGACGUAUCAUUCGUCUAGUUGAUGGCGACUCCAACUCUCUUAUCCGUGCCACUAGAUUGACCAAGAUCUUCGUUUGUGGUGAUAUCCUAGCAUUUUUGAUUCAAGGUGGCGGUGGUGGAAUGAUAUCCAGCGCGAAGACCGCAAGUAGCAUGAAACUCGCGGAAAACAUCAUCGUGGUUGGUUUGGUCGUUCAAAUCAUCUUUUUCGGCUUCUUUAUCAUCGUCUCGCUUAUUUUCCACAAGCGCAUGAAGGCUCAACCAACUACGGCCUCGCUAACCUCUGCGACUCAUUGGGAACGAUACAUGUAUGUGCUUUACGCGGCUAGCACGAUGAUCAUGGUUCGUUGCAUAUACCGAGUAAUCGAAUAUGUCCAAGGAUCAACGGGUGCUCUCCAGAGCCACGAGUACUUUGCAUACAUCUUCGAUGCCACAUUGAUGUUGGUAGUGAUGGUCAUUUUUAUCUGGUUCCACCCUAGUCAGAUCUUGGUCACGGAGCACAAAAAAAUAGAUGAAAUGGAGCUUGUAUGA